CGCUAUCAUGAUUUAAUGACUUUUUAAUGGACAUCCCCUAUAUAGUCGCGAUUGAUGCAAUGUGUCGCAUGUGUAUAAAUGCUUCAUAAUGCCUCUAUUUAUAUAUUCUAAUCAUUGAAUAAAUAAACUCAUUGAAUAAACAAUGCACGCAAAGUUCAUACUCUUCAACGAAAGUUCCCAGAAAUCCCGGGAAAAACUGUGUGUCAGAGAAACAAGUUGAUAUUCGUGACAACAAUGUCCACCCACGCAUAUCCUGAACGACAGUCUCAAUAAAAAAAAAUUCAUUCUGUGUUUAGAAUUCUCGAGCGCAAUCUCAAUCUCAAUCGACAUUUAUGAUGACUACAAAUUAAAUCGAAGAAGCCAUUUUUCAUUGCUGAAUUUCGACCUCGAUAUCCUGUAGAACACCGUCAGAUUGAACAUCGCUGCUGUUACAGGUGUUACAUGUGUGAGUGUGAGUGUGUUGCGUCCUGUCACGAUUCAUCGACUCGAGAAGUGUAUGUGUGUACGUAUGUGUGAUGUAUGCACGAUGAGUGUACGUGUGUGUGUGUACUUUCGCCCCAGUUUCCGCGCGUUUCCGCGUGGGGACGAGAAUUUAAAAAGUAUACACGUACCUUAUUAAUGAUGCCGGGAGAUUAAGUACUGCUCUUAUCGAUAUCACGCCGAUUUGCUCGGCGAUUGCUUCUCGUCGCGAGAGUAAAGUAUAUUUGCUGACUAUCGGCGAGAUUCUAUAAAUGUCACUUUUUAUAUCCUUUUUUGGAAUAAAAGUACAAUUCUGCAAGGAUGAGUCAAACGAUGGAAGGGUACAAUGACAAUAACAAGCAAACUGAAAAUAACACACGUCACAAUCAUAAUGAAAGAUCUUUGGAGCUUGAUAGGCAACAACAGCAAUCUCUAUUACCAAAGGCGAGUAGUAGUACAGCCAAACAAGUUAGGGAAUAUAUCCCAAGAUCUGGAAUAAAAAAGUAUAAUCAUGCUUUGAGCAAUUUAAUACCAGUGCGGUAUCAAAAUCAGAAAAAAGAGAAUUGGCCAGCAGAUAAUGCUGGAUUAUUUUCUUACGUAUAUAUAACAUGGAUGACACCAUAUUUAUGGAAAGCUUACAAAAAAGGACUUACGAUUAAGGACUUGCCAGAUAUUUCUUUAUAUGAUACUUGCGAGUAUAAUGCACUCAGACUUGAUAUACUCUGGCAACAAGAGUUAAGCAAGAAUGGUCCCAAUGCAGCUUCAUUUUUCAUGGUUGCAUGGAGAUUUGUUCGAACAAGAAUUUGCAUAUCAUGCAUUUUAUUGAGCUGUUCUCUUAUCUUUGGAUUUAUCAGUCCUACAAUAUUAAUGAGAAAGAUAUUGGAGCAUGUACAAUCUUCGGAAGAAGAUUUCUGGGAUGGUCUUAAAUGGGUUCUGUUACUUAUGUUGUGCGAUUCUCUGCGCGCUUUCUUUUUUACCUGGACAUGGAAUAUGAAUUACAAGACUGGAUUACGACUAAAGUCAGCUUGUGUGGCUUUGUUGUACAAAAAAAUUAUCAGGCUAAACAGCCUUGGCAAUAAAAGUACAGGAGAAAUAAUCAAUUUAUUUUGCAACGAUAGUCAAAGGCUUUUUGAUGUGAUUAUUUAUGGACCAAUGAUUAUCAGUGGACCAAUAGCCAUAAGUUGCGGUAUAAUUUACAUAUUGUGGAUAUUCAAUCCCAUCGCUCUAAUAGGAAUAGUAGCUUUCCUUUCAUUUUAUCCAUGUCAGUACUUUAUUUCUCGUGCGACUGGUUAUUUUCGCUCAAAAUCAGUAAAUAUUACGGAUACUCGAGUGCGACUCAUGAGCGAGAUCCUAGAAUGCAUAAAGUUAAUUAAGAUGUAUUCUUGGGAAAAAUAUUUUAGUCAGAAACUUCUUGCUGUACGCAAGAAGGAAGAACGUUGGCUUCAUAAAACUGCAUAUUUGCAAAGUCUUAGUAUCUCUCUAACACCCGCUGUACCUGUGAUAUCCGCGAUCAUUACAUUUUUAGCACAAGUUGCUUCGGGCAGUGGAUUAACGGCUGCACAGGUGUUUCCCUUCGUAUCGGUGCUCAGUGCUCAAAUUCGUACUUCUUUCAUGUUUUUGCAAGUGGCCUUAGUUAAUAUUGCUGCGGUAAAGAUAACUUUUCGCAGACUAAAGAAUAUACUGCUGUUGGACGAAGGCAGUUGCCAGAUGUCAAAACCGAUAGUAAGAUCGCAAGCGGUUGCCAUCGCUAAUGGUACUUUCGUUUGCGACAGUAUGAAGCUUCAAACGGACGCAUCGACCGAUAACAAGAAAAAGAAGGACUCGUCAUCAAUCACGGACAGAUCGACAGAGCUAGAAAAUCUAAAUCAACCGCAAGAAGCCAAAUACAUCGAGGUUCUUGGCGACAUACAUUUUGGAGCACUCAAGGGGAAACUAGUCGGUAUCUGCGGCCAUGUAGGUAGUGGUAAGUCCAGUCUGCUGCUGGCGGCUCUAGGACAAUUGAGAAUGACGAAAGGACAUAUUCUGCGGGAGGGCACUUGCGCUUAUGUCAGCCAACAGGCAUGGAUCAUAAACGGCACUUUCAAGGAGAACGUUUUGUUUGGCGAGGAGUUCGAUGCCAAGCGUUAUUAUCACACGAUUACGAUCUGUAAUUUGAAGGAGGAUCUGAACAUGUUGCCUGGUGGUGACGACACUGAAAUCGGUGAGAGGGGUGUCAAUCUGUCCGGGGGACAGAAGCAGAGGGUUGCGCUCGCGCGAGCGUAUUAUGCCAACCGGGACAUUUAUUUCCUCGAUGAUCCUCUCAGUGCGGUUGACGCGUACGUCGGCUCGUAUAUAUUCGAGAAAUUAAUUAUCGAGGCUCUUAGGAACAAAUCCGUUCUCUUCGUAACGCAUAACAUUCAGUUUUUGAAGCGUUGCGACGAGAUUUACAUGAUGAGCGCAGGCAAGAUUGUGGAACAUGGAACCCAUGAAGAUCUCAUGCGACACGAUAGAGAGUAUGCAUCGAUGGUGAAGAGCGGCACAGUUGCUGCAGAAGAUAACUUAUCAUCUGAAAAAUUUGCAACAGGGACGCAGAAAAACAUCGACACCGGCGGCUCAGAAUCGAAAAAGACAGAGUCUGAACAUAAAGAAGAUGAUCAGGAUAAAUCAUACAAAGGAAUGACUUUAACAAUGACAGAGAAAGCCGAAACUGGGGCCGUUAAAUCGCACACUUAUCAUACGUACAUACAAGCCACAGGUGGUUACUUAAUCGCGGUUCUUGUAUUCUUUUCGUUCUUUUUGAACGUAGGUAGCUCAGCAUUUAGUACUUGGUGGCUUGCUGUAUGGAUUAAAGCUGGCGGGGGUAACGUAACUGUGCCAGGAAGUAAUGAUACCAUAUACGUAGAAGAUAUAAAUGCCAAUCCUGACUUCUCAUUUUAUCGUAAUAUUUAUAGUGCGUGUAUCGCCGCCAUUUUAUUAACAAGUUUUAUUCGCGGCUUGGCCAUUAUGUUUACGACGAUAAAAGCUUCGACCACAUUGCACAACAUGUUUCUACGUAAAAUCAUUGGUUCUCCGUUAAUAUUCUUCGAGAGCACUCCAAGCGGCAGGAUACAAAAUAUAUUCAGUCGAGACAUAGACGAAAUUGAUAAUUAUUUACCCAUAUCGAUAGAAAAUAUGGUGCAAAAUAUUUUUACCUGUGUUUUCGCCAUUUUCUUUAUUUGCGGCGUAUUGCCUUGGUUUUCGAUACCAUUAUUUUUAUUCGGUAUAUUAUUCUUCUUUGUUAGCAAACUGUUCAGAGUAGGCAUGAGGGAUUUGAAGAGAAUGGAUAAUAUUUCACGGUCUCCUGUUUUAAGUUUUGUCACAACGACGAUCCAAGGCUUGAAUACAAUUCACGCGUUUCAAAAGGAAAAGAACUUCUUGUACAGAUUCGAGGAGUUAUUCAAUACGAAUAAUCUGUGUCUACAAAUGUGUCAAGCCGCAAUGAGAUGGUCUGCGGUAAGACUAGACAGUUUGGUGAUCGCCUCAUCCUGCAUAACUGCAUUACUCGUGAUUUCGUUUAAAAAUGAACUAUCGCCAGCCUUCGCUGGUCUGGCGAUGGCGUAUGCUACACAAAUGACUGGUAUCUUUCAAUAUACAGUCAGAUUAAUGUCCGAGACCGAGAUGCGCUUUAUAAGUGUAGAAAGGAUCAGUUAUUAUCUCAAAACUUUGCAGAGAGAAGGUGCAAGCAAAACGGUUGCUCUUAAACCAGCUGACGAUUGGCCUUCUCGUGGCAAAAUAGAAUUUAAGGCUGUGCAGUUAAGAUAUAGAGAGGAAUUACCACUCGUGCUAAUCGACGUGUCUUUUAGCAUAAAAGCUGGAGAAAAAAUAGGUAUCGUGGGUCGCACGGGAUCCGGCAAGAGUUCUCUGGUUGUAGCUUUAUUCCGGUUGGUUGAGAUUUGCGAAGGUAUUAUUAAGAUUGAUGGUAUUGAUGUUUCGAAAUUGGACUUGGAUGUGUUACGAAGUAGAUUAUCGAUUAUCCCUCAGGAUCCAAUUUUAUUUAGUGGAACUAUAAGAUCCAAUUUAGAUCCUUUCCAACGACAUACAGACUACGACAUUUGGAACGCUCUUGAAAAGACUCAGAUGAAAGCUCGAGUAUCUCUUAUGCCGAAAAACCUCGAUGCUUCCGUUGGAUUUGGUGGGAAUAAUUUGAGUGUUGGCGAGAGACAGCUUCUUUGUUUAUCAAGAGCUUUAUUACAUAGUGCAAAGGUGCUGAUCCUAGACGAGGCAACGGCUUCCGUCGAUCCGGAAACCGAAGCGGCUGUACAAAAUACUUUGCAAAAUGAGUUCGCGGAUUGCACUGUGCUUACAAUCGCUCAUCGCUUGCAAACGGUGAUCACAUGCAAUCGCAUUCUCGUUAUGAGUGAUGGUAAAGUCGUUGAAUUCGAUGCACCGGCCGUGCUUCUCUCCCGACCAGAUUCUGAGUUUUCGAAACUGAUGGCUGCCACAGACAGAAAUGUAAAAUAAUCUUCGCCAGAGAUUCGUACACUCUGAUGAAAUGGUAGAACUAAUGAUAUUAACUGGUAAUAAAUGGAAAAAGAAGAAAGAAACAUAAUACAUCUGAUAUAUAAAAGUAUAUAACAGUAUGAUACGCAAAUGAUACAUAAAAGAACAAUAUUAAUGAAUAAGUGAUUAUC